GCAGUUGGUACGAGAGGGAAUACCCAAAUUGAUCAAAGUAAGGCUCUCCAUUACGUUUUUAAUUCUGAGAUUUAAAAUUUUCAAAUUCUGGAAUGCAAGUGAGUUCAACUGGGAGCAUUGAAAACAAAAAUGAGGUUGAAAUAAUGUAAGUGGUCAUAGAAAAAAGGAUGUUUACGUAGGAACUGCCAAUACCACGAAACUUGCCUGUCAAUAACCUUUCCGUGGUGCGAUUAGACAAAGCCAUCCAUCCACCUUUCUGCUUCUGCUCUAGUCCAAGAAAAGCUAGCCAAACUAAAUCCAUGUAUAUUAGUUAUUUGUCUCGCCCGGUCUCGCCCUGGCGCCAGAACUUUAUGUGAUAUCCAAUUAUGAUUAUAUUCAUCAUCGUUGUGAACCUCCUAAGAAAGGUAAAGGUACUAUCAUUAGAUUUUUUUACCCCACCUGAGCCUAGUGUGUUAGGUUAGUUUGCUAAUUUUGAUCUGUUUGUUUUCUGUCAGGAAUCAGAGAGAUUCACUGAAAAAUGCCGCGCGCUAAGAAAGGCAGACCAAAGCGGUACAAAUCUUAUAACCAUGCUUUUGGAGAGGAGGAUGUUGAGUAUGAAAUCCCUGAAUCAACAUUGCGUUCCCAGAAUAGUAGAAAAAGGAAAAGGGACGAUGACUCUUCCAGCAAUUCGACAGAUGGAGAGAAUGAAGUUCAUGAUGAUGAUGCUGCAAAUGCUGCACGAUUUGACUGCGAGAACAUGGAUGAAUUCGCUGAAGAAGUUGAGGUUGACCACCAUUUAAACCACCAGUCAAGUGAGUCAAACAGCGAACCUGAAUCGGAUUGUGAUGGAAGUACUAGUGCACAUUCCGAAGGCAGCCAGAUGGAUUGUAUCUCAGGAGAGGAAAAUAGUAGCUCAGAGUCUGAAUAUCUCAACUUCCAUCACCAAACCAAUAAGGCCAAUAGUGAAUCUACAUCAAAUGGUGAUAUUCAACAAUCUGAGACCAGUUCUUUCGAUGACCAGCUAGAAGGAGUUGGCUCACAGAAUGGACAUCAAAACUGGGACCAUCAAUCUAGUGAGGCAGACAACGAACUUGAAUUGGAUUGUGAUGGAAGCAAUAGUGUACAUUCAGAAGGCAGCCAGGUGGAUUGUAACUCAGGAGAAGAAAAUAGUAGCUCAGAGUCUGAAUAUCUCAACUUCAAUCGCCAAACUAAUGAGGCCAAUUGCGAAUCUACAUCAAAUGGCAAUGAAAGUGAUGGUCAGCAUUCUGAGACCAGUUCUUCAGAUGAUCCGCUGGAAGGUGUUGGCUCACAGAAUGGACAUCAAAACUGGGACCAUCAAUCUAGUGAGGCAAACAGUGGAUAUGAAUAUGACGAUACCAGUGACGAUACACAUUCUCACAGCCAGAACCAGCAUGAUGCAGGAGGUGGCUCAGGGAAUGAACAUUCCAGCUCCACUCAUCAAACUACCCCGACAAAUAGUGAUAAUGAAUCGGAUCACUAUGAAGAUGGUGGUGGGCUCUCAGAAAGCGCCCAAUCAUCUGACCAACAAGAAGGAGAUGAAGAUGGAGGCCUUCAAGACUCAGGAAAUGAACAUGAACAGGAUGAAAAUGAAACACAACUGGAAUCACACUGA